UGCUCGCCGCGCACACCACCACACCGCGCACCCCGCCCCGCACUCAUCACCCACCCACCACCACAGGACAGGACAGGCCAGGCCAGCCCGCGACGACACCUGCCCGUCGGUCGGGUCGGCGUGACUUUUGUUUCCUUUCUUUUCCCGCUUCUGUCUUUCCUCUCUUUUCUACCUUACACUUACACCUUUACUACAAUCUGCGAUCGAUCGAUCGACCUUUUGUCUCCACGAUCCUUACUACCGCGAUUCUUUGAUCUGCUGCUGGAUAUCCGCUCUUUCGCCUCUGGACUGCUGGGCCUGCCUCACCGAGGGAGGAGUACUACUACUAUUAUACCGUAUUGGGAAGUACAUACAUACGUACAGACGCACACCGAGGAUAUUCUUCACGUAUACUGUACUAUCUACCUCUCUUCCACGCAAACAAAUCCACGCCGGACAACACACACACAUACCACGCCGAACAACACGCAAACAAAUCCACGCCGAACGACACACGCCGAACACCACUCACCACACAUCACUCACACCGAACCACCACCCAUCAUCCAACUAACCCACCAAAUCAACGCCGUAUCUCACACCCAUCCACCACGCCAUGGUCACCACGGCGCGUCGUCGCGACCCCCGCGACGGCCGCACCCUGCGCAUAGUAGAUGAGUCCUUCUGGUCGCGGGAGCGGGACAUGCUAUCUUUGAGGCUGUCGCUGCUGCACGACUUUCUCUCUGCGAAAGGUCUUACAAGCGAUAUCCAGCUCCACGCCGAGGAGUGCAGAUAUCUAGAGUAUCAGAUCCAGAGUAUCCACGCCUCGCUCGCUCGCACUGGCGACGACACCGAAGCCCGGGACGCCCUCGACCACCGCCUCCAAUCCGAGCCCUCCACCGACCGCACCGAGCGCUUCAAAGACUGGCUCGCCAACAACCAAGAAUUCAAAACCCUCAUGCUCUCCCACCAGACCGAAGGCGCGCGGGAUGGGGACGCAGUGGACGGCGACGGAGCAGCAGCAGUUGUGGUGGGGGGGAAGUACAAGUGCUGUGAGUUGGGGUGUAAACAUUACGUUUAUGGGUUUGAGACUGUGGAGGCGCUGAGACGGCAUAUGGGACUGCAUGAGGAUGCGGAGGAGGCGAGGAGGGAGGAUGUGGUGAGGAGGAGGACGUCGGGGAUGAGUCUUGAGGAUGUUACUUCUGGGGGACUUGGGAGUAGGGAGGGCUCGAGUGAGGGGGAGAGGAUGGGGGUUAAUGGACGCAAGGGCAGUGUGGUGGGGAUGGGGAAUGGGAAUGGGUUUGGGGUGAUGCCGCCAAGUCCGUUUUCGAAGAGGACGUCGUUAUUGCCGACCCCGGAGGCGGAGGGGAGGAGGAGAGGGGGAGGGAGGUUGAGUUUGCCGGGGGGGCAAGGAGGGGUUGGGGGGGUGAGGACGGCGGGGCCGUGUUUGAGGUGUAAGGUUUUGAAGAAGAAGUGCGAUUGCCAGAACCCUUGUAAAGAGUGUCCGCAACAGGAUGUCAUGGCACCUGAUCUGUGGAAAGCACUGGGUUGUUUCCACGGCCCGCUGACGGAGAUGGUGAGGAAGUGCCUCCACGGCUUCGAACAACCCUCCCACCCCUCAACCGGGCCCCCCACCACCACCGACGUCUUCUGGGCCGCCGAGCUCGACUACCUCCUAGCCUCCCACCCCGGCUUCGUCUCCCUCGACGACGAGUUCUGGGACUCGCGCCACAAGCUGUCGUCCCUCAAUAGCGCGGAUAUCAUGGAUACGACGCCUGAUCUGACCGAUGCGGCGUAUAAGCGGUUACUGCAGGAGUAUGGGCCUGCAGUGGGGUUGUUGAAGACGACGGUGUUGGAUAGGGCGUAUUUGGGACGGACGGCUUAUAAUCCGUUUGCGCUGUUGAGGGUGGGGAGAGAUGCUAUGGAUGCUUGUAACGACCCCUCAAGCUGGCACCUCUACACCCUCGCCACCACCCUCCUCCUAACCUCCAUCCGCUACCGCCUCGCCCUCUCCUCUACCCCCCCCACCAACCCCCCCUCCCUCACAACCCCCCUAACAGCCUUCCUCCUCGCGUUCGACACCCGCUUCACGAACCGCAAAGAACUACCCCCCUCCGCCUGGCUCGCCGCCUUCCACAGCCUCUGUCUCUUCUCUAUCACCAAGACGCUCCUGAUCGACACCCCCGUCCCGCACCAAUCGUCCCCUCAUGACGCGGCGGCGAGAUUGGCGACCGCGCAUAAAAUUUUGGUGUCUGUGUUCGCGUGGUCUGCUAAGCUGUCUGCGUGGUGCCCGAAGGAGCCGCUUGAGCUCCGCGAUCCGCUUCUGAGGGACUGGUCGCGCGAUGCGAAUCCGGCUGUGCAACCACCUAUCCGUGAUGCGCUGGUGGCAACGCAGAGGCUGGUUAACCGCGACGGCUGGGCAAAGAGCUGUAUCCGCCACACCAAAGAUUUCCUUCUCGGUCUCGGGGCGGGGAAUGUAGAGGGCGGGUUCAAUGGGUUCCUCGCUAUGAGGUACGGUGGUGCUGAGGCGGGGUAUAGAGGCGGAGAUGGGUUUGCGCCGCCCGCGCAGAGGAGGAGAACGGAUAGUGGUGCUGUUGCGACGGAUAGUCCACCUGUUAAGUCGCCGUUGGCGGAGGAUGUGGGACCGACUACUACUACGACGACGACGACGACGAGUGCCACGCCCGGACGGAGAGCGCCGUUGCCGCCGUAUCCGCCUCCGGCUGCGUCGGCGGCGUGGAGGGUCGCGAGUCCGCCGAGUAGUGGGAAGAGUGAGGAGGAGAGGGAGAGGGAGUUGGCGAGUUAUUAUCGCAGGCCUCUUGCUGUUGGGGGUGUUGGGGAGGGAGGAGCGGGGGGAGGCGUAGUUACGGUUGCGGCGAGGAUGCCAUUACCCAGCGUAGCAGCGCGCGUUGGCAGUUCCGACGACGGACGCGGCGCAGCGGGUGGUAGUCCAGCGAGCUCAGUGGAUAAGCGACCCAAGAGGAGGGAGUUAAGCAAGGAGCAGCGCGAGCAUGCUGCUGCGGUGCGUAGGCUGGGGGCGUGCGGGGAGUGCAAGGCGAGGAAGGUGAAGUGUAGUCCUAGUCAUCAUCGGGGGAGUCCGGGGGUGGGGGGAGGGGGGAGGAGGAGUGGGAGUCCGGGGCCGACGAGCCCGAGGACGACGGGGUCGGGGGGGAGUAGUAGUAGUCCUGGCAGGGGGGGUGGGGGGAGUGUUGGGCCGAUUGUGAGGAAGAGGAAGUCUGAGAGUCCUGCACCGGUUAUGCAUAUGGGAAUGAGCAUGCUCGCGCGCCGCGCAAGUCCCGAUGCUGCAGAUGACGAUGAUGGUGUGGGCGGGGAAGUACUCGUUGUGGCUGUUGAGGAGUGAAAGAAGGCCGUGUAACAAUGACACGAACCGUCGUAUGGAGGAGGAGUUGGUUGCUUCACUGUUCUGCCAAUUAUGGCUUGGCUUUCGGCGCCGUGUGUGUUGUGUUGAGCUUACCGCUAGCGUUAGCGAUGCAUUAUGAUGAUGAUGAUAUAGAUGCGUGGAAGGGGGUGUAUGAGCCACGUCACGGCCACAGAUGAGGUGUUACGAUACGUUUUAGCUUUAUUAGCUAGGUCUUGCUAUUUGCUCUAUGCCUUGCGAUGAUGGGCUUGGGAGCGCAAUUUGGGGGGGGAUACAGGGCGAGGAGAGGGAUAGCCAGCCAAAGCAGACCCAAAAUAACGAAUAAAUACAUUCCAAACAUG